UCCAAACCCUGUUUCUUCUCCUGGGGCGCUCUCUUUGGGAAGUUGGAAAGGAAACUCAUUUAUUACCGUUCCCUCUUUGCCUUGAAUUCCUUCACCCAUUUCCUCUGAGUGAAAGAAACACCUCCUUUCUCCUUUUCUCCCACUCUCUCCCUCUCUUUCCCUCCCUCUCUCUCUCUUGAAUUAUUAAGGCAUACUGACAGUACAGAUAGAUCUAUUCACACCAUUCACUUUAAUUUAGGGCCCUUUCUUUCCGAGCAGGAACUCUGUUAUUUCAUUUAUGAUUAUUUUUUUAUUUCCUCUGCUCCACUCUAGAAAAGAAAAUUUUGAGAAAGAAAUCUCAGCUUCUGGUUCUGUAAACGCGAGUUUCAUGGAUUGGAUUCGGGGGUGAAAAUAAUGCAACGGAAGAAGUAGCAAAGUUUUCUGGGCAAAUUAUUGGGAUCCCAUGCGUCAUUGCCUCUGAAGUUCUGAAAGCUGCUAACUUUUGAGCAGCCCAAGAAGCUCACAAGUUGAUUAUAUGGAGUAACAGUACCUUGCUUUAUAUUUUUUUAAAAUUGAUUUAAGUUAAUUUUGUUUGUUUUUGGGUUUUCAAUAAUGCCUGCAGUUUGAGAAUAUAGAAAUCAUAGAAAGAGGAGAAAAGAAUGGUUAUAUAUAUAUAUGUAUAGUCUGCAAGUUCUGAGUAAUGAGCGCUUCACGUGAAGGUAACGCUGCAAUGUCCGUGAGUUUGUGAGCAAAGUUUCCGAGAAACGAUGCCCACCUCAGAGUCUUCUUUUCUCACCAAUGGAGCUCCUUUCACCUUCAUUUAAUGCUGUGUAGUGCAGCUUCUCUGUUUCCUUCACUUGCAUCCUAGUUGAAGUAGAUGACCUUCCAUUAGUGCGUGUUUCUCCUCCUCCUCCUCAACUUUUUGUUGUUUCUACCAGUUGCCUUCGCCUCAUAUAUGUAGUUUUAAUCAACAAGAAAAACGAAAAAAAGGCGUUGAGAAUGACACUCGUUGGCGCGGUCUGAGAGGACUUUUGGAGUGGAUGGAUCGAGUUAUUAUGUUUUCGAAAGUGUUUGGUUGAGAAGAAAAAGCGCCAAAAAAGAGCAAGAAAAGGUAGGGGGUUUAGAGAUUCCCAGAAUCGCCUGUUCCAAUGUCGCUGUUUAUGGAAACAAAAUCAAACGAUCAUCUCAGGGUAAAAAUAUUUCGUUUUUACAUUUAACCAAAGGUUGUGUUCUUUGGUUGAGUUUCAUGGAACCCCUCGUUUCAAGGUGCUUGGUGCUGUUGUUUCUCUCCUCACUGCUUUCCCUUCCCUGUUGGGUCAGAUCAGGGGAUGCCGAAGCACUUGUGACUCUGAAGUCAUCCAUCGACAUCUCAAACUCGCUGCCAUGGAAACUCGACGCCGCUGCCCAUGUCUGCCGCUGGAAAGGUGUCAAAGAGUGCAUCAAUGGAAGGGUCACAAAGCUCGUGUUGGAGUUCCUCAACCUGACCGGGCUUUUGGAUCAAAAGGCCGUGAACCAGUUGGACCAACUCCGCGUGCUUAGCUUCAAGGGAAACUCACUCUACUCCCAGAUUCCCGACCUCUCCAGUCUCCACAACCUCAAAUCUCUCUUCCUCAACCACAACAACUUCUCCGGUGACUUCCCGGCCUCCAUCUCCGGCCUCCACCGCUUAAAAGUCAUCGCCCUUGACGGGAACCAAAUAUCCGGUCAGAUUCCGGUGUCUCUUCUCAGACUUAGGCGGCUCUACACGCUCCAGUUGCAGGACAAUCAGUUGAGAGGGACAAUCCCUCCGUUCAACCAAACAACUCUCCGAUUCUUCAACGUGUCCAACAACCAACUGUCCGGAGAGAUUCCACUGACCCCGGCUCUGGUCCGGUUCAAUGCGUCGGCAUUUGCGGGUAAUUUGAAUCUGUGCGGAGAACAGUUGGAUAAUCCAUGCGAAAGUCACCCACCGGCAAUGGGUCCUCGUCCCGACCAUCCUCCGUCGUCGUCGUCUUCCAACCGCGGGAAAUCGAUCAAGAUAAUUGCGGGGAGUGUGGGAGGAUUUGCGGUUCUGUUAAUCUGUUUGAUAAUAUGUUGGAUGCUCUGCGGGAAGGGUAGGAAACCGGAGGACGAGGCAUCGAGGAGCAAAGAAGUGGGCGUGGGAGUAGAGGCUGGGGAGGAGAGGUCGGGAGGGACAGGGACAGGGGCAGGGACAACCGGAGGAGGGUUUUCGUGGGAAGGAGAGGGACUGGGGAGCUUGGUGUUCUGCGGAGCAGGGGACCAGAGAAUGAGCUACAGCUUGGAGGACUUGCUGAAGGCGUCGGCGGAGACGCUGGGGAGAGGUGCAAUGGGGAGUACAUACAAAGCUGUAAUGGAGUCGGGUUACAUAGUGACGGUGAAGAGGCUAAAGGACUCGGCAUACCCGAGUCUGGAGGAGUUCAGGAGACACAUGCACGUGCUUGGCAGCCUCUCCCACCCCAACCUCGUACCCCUCAGAGCCUAUUUCCAGGCCAAGGAGGAACGCCUUCUCGUCUACGAUUACUUCCCCAAUGGCAGCCUUUUCUCUCUCAUUCACGGAUCAAGAAUUACCGGUGGUGGAAAGCCUCUUCACUGGACAUCAUGCCUUAAAAUAGCCGAGGACCUAGCAACUGGUCUGCUCUACAUUCACCAGAACCCUGGCCUGACCCAUGGGAAUUUAAAAUCCUCUAAUGUCUUGCUGGGUUCUGACUUUGAGUCCUGCCUCACAGAUUACGGCCUCACCUCAUUCCGUGAUCCUGACUCACUUGAAGAACCCAGUGCCACUUCCCUAUUUUAUAGAGCACCUGAAUGCCGUGACAUUCGAAAGCCAUCUACACAACAAGCGGAUGUGUACAGCUUUGGCGUCCUUCUCUUGGAACUUCUAACUGGCAAAACACCUUUCCAGGACCUUGUUCAGGAACACGGUUCAGAUAUACCUAGGUGGGUUAGGUCAGUCCGUGAAGAAGAGACUGAGUCGGGGGAUGAGCCUGCCUCUGGUAAUGAGACAUCCGAGGAGAAACUCCAGGCUCUCUUGAACAUUGCAAUGGCUUGUGUCUCACUUGUUCCAGAGAACCGGCCUACCGUGAAAGAUGUUUUAAAGAUGAUCAGAGAUGCCAGGGCAGAGGCUCAAGUGUCAUCCAACAGUAGUGAUCACUCGCCCGGAAGAUGGUCAGAUACUGUUCAGAGCUUGCCUAGGGAAGGACAUUUGAGCAUUUGAUUGCAUACCAAACUAAGAGAUGCAAGGGCAGAGGCUCAAGUAUCAUCCAAUAGUUGUGAUUAUUGAGUGCGAAGAUGGCUGGUUACUGUGCUGAGCCCGCAUGGGGAAGAACAUUCGAGCAUCUGAAUAUAUACCAAACCCGAAUUAUUAUUUGAGGAAUUCUGAUUCUUUUUACGAAUUGAACUGCGAUUCUUCAACUAGGCAUCGUAGAGUGUACUGGUGUAAAGGUGUUCUUUUGAUCUUUUGGGCUAAGUCGUGAGCUGACUGACAUUUAAAGAUUCUAUUGUCGAUCGAGUUAGAAGUUUAUAAGAUUGGAUUACUUAAAACCCUGUUUUACAUUUGGGGGCUUGAUCUGGUAGGGGUACUUGAACUCCUCUUCGGAAAAAGGUUCUUCACCCUGUCUUGACUCUUCAGACCCGAGCACGAUGUUAGCUCAGGUUCUGUACUGAAUUAUUCGUAUUGUUCUUUCUGUCUCCGACAGAAAAAAGAAAAGGUGCACCCUUUUGUAUUUAA